AUGAUAAGCUUUAAGUGUGUAGUUUUGAUUUUGGUGUACAGUUCGGUUGUGUUGUGUGAUGAAUGUGUAUCGUACGAUUUUGAAGAUGAUUUUGACGAUCUUUUUACAAGUGGUGUAGGUGUGUGUAUAGGUAUGGUGACAUGGAACAUCGCUGCUUAUAGAUCUCUACCACUAGAAAGUCCACAUCCGAGUAGUACACAAUUCAUAUCUCCAUCGGAACAACUGAGUUGCGUUUCAUCGUAUAGAUUUACUAUGACAUCUGGAGGGACAGUUGAAGCAAAUAUCUACAUGGAUUCAUUGUCAACGAGGGAUCAAGUGUCUUUUGUUGUCAACGAAAUAGUGCCGGGUGGAAACGAUGCUGCUGUAGGCACUAUAGUGUUAUCAUCGUUGGAUCCUAACUUUGUUAACGGUUGGCAUACCUUAAGGGUCACAUUAACUGGACGAGGAACAUACAACGCUUUCAUAACAUUUUUAGGAUUAUCAGGACCUCUGUCUACAGUUCUUAUUGAUUCGUUCCGAUACAUACCACCACUAGUUGACCCAGAAGAUUGUUUUAUAUACGAAAAUGUUACAACCACCGAAGUACCGGAAACUACAGUAACUUCAGAAAAUACUGAAUCAACUACAGAAGAAAUCUCAAGCACAACGUUGACAGAAGUAACAAAUACUGAGCAAAGUACAACGACAAUAUCGAAUACAGACUCAACACCAACACCAUCAAUAGAGGAUACUGAUGGAACAACUACUAUAACACUUGAGGAGACUACCGCAGAAAGCACAAUAAGCUCCGAUCCAACAGAUUUAACUGUAUCUCAAUCGGUAUUUGAUACCGAUUCAACAACUGAAACUUCGUUUUUCUCUGACAGUACGACAAGGGAAAUGGUGACUGACGUAGAAAGUACAACACCCGAGUUGUCAACAACAGAAAACACAAUUCCACCUGAACUAACAACGCAAUCUGUAUUGGAUACUGAGUCAACAACUGAAACUUCUACUUUCACUGAUAGUACGACUAGCAAAAUGGUGACUGACGUAGAAAGUACAACACCCGAGUUGUCAACAACAGAAAACACAAUUCUACCUGAACUAACAACGCAAUCUGUAUUGGAUACCGACACGACGACUGAAACUUCUUCUUUCACUGAUAAUACCGAUUCGACGACUGAAACUUCUUCUUUCACUGAUAGUACGACUAGCGAAAUGGUAACUGACGUAGAAAGUACAACACUCGAGAUGUCAACAACAGAAAUGAUAAUUCCGCCUGAACUAACAACGCAAUCUGUAUUGGAUACCGACUCAACAACUGAAACUCCAAUUUUCUCUGACAGUACGACUACCGAAAUGGUAACUAACGUAGACAUUACAACACCCGAUGGAUCUACAAUAGAAAGCACAAAUCCUACUGAGCUAACCACAUCCCAGUUGGUAUUAGAUACCGACUCAACAACUGAAACUUCAAUUUUCUCUGACAGUACAACUGAUGUUGUAACAACAACAAGUGUUUUAGAUACAGACAGUACAACUAUUACUGACGCUUCCAGUACUUUCACUACAGAUUCAACAUCUACUCAAGUAACUGAUGAAAAUACAUCAGAAAUAUGGAGCACUAGUGAUGCAACCACUAAUGAUGUAAAUACACCUUCAACAACUGAAAAUCCUUACUUCACCGAAACCACCGACGACUCCAGUACAAGAUUUACAGAAUCUGUAACGAUUACGCCAACAUUUACCGAAUCAGAACUUAGUAGCAUUUCGACUACUGAAAAUAACUGGACAAGUGACGAAACAAUGACUCCAACCGUAUUCGAAAUAACAUCAACACAAACAGAGUCAUCGACAACCACAGAUGAGUUAACAUCAACCGACAGUGCUACGACUUCGUUUGACGAUACGUCUACAAAUGAUAAAACAACAGACUAUGACAAAAAUACUUACAGCACAAUAACAGUAACUGAAAAUACAACUGAACCAGACACUGAAAAUCUUGAAAAUACUAACAGCUUCUGGACUCCUCUAACAAUAGUGUUAAUAACUCUUCUAAUAAUCUUGUUGUUAGUUUUAUUCUGCGCUUGUUUCUAUAUCAUUGGCUUGAGGAGACAGCGAAGAAAAUUCUCUACAGACUUCGAAUCUUUUGCCGAUUAUGAGGAUCUCCCGCGACCAAUUGUUUUGCCUCGAGCGAGAAGUCCUCAUGGAGAUUACAGUACUAGAAGUACGCCGUAG